AUGUAUAAUGGGGAUUUGGUUCACGCUGUGAAAGUGUUUGGAAAAUUAUUGGAAAUGUCUAGGAAGAAGUCAGAGAAAUGGUUAAAGGAAUAUCAAAUGAUUGAACAGGAACUCGGUUUCGGAGAUGAGGGUAACGUAGAAAAAACAGAUGAAAUAGAAAAUAAGUUUGGGAAGAAGCAUAAUGAAGUAAUUGUCAACUAUAGCGCUGCUUUUACAUCAAUUCAACCUCAUGAUGCUCUAUCUUAUAAUAUUCUUAAACUUUCAGCGAGUAUUAAAUUACCUAAAUGGAAAAUAUAUGAAAAACCCGAGUCUCAAGAAUUUUUCCCUUUGCAUUUUGAAAAAAAAUUUGCUAGCUGGUGUAAAAAG